AUGUACAGAUUUUUCGCCUCAGAUAUCUUUGAAGUACAGAGUACAGAGCCGACAUAUAUCUAUGAUAUCAUACCUGUCGCAGCUGGCCUUGCAUCUAUUUCAUCAGAUGAUUGCCUGCGGUUGCUAGAUCCAACUGCUUUGAAUGGCCAGCCAUUGAAUACUAUCAAGAAAGUAAAUUCUGAUGUUACGUGUUUGAAAACCAUUGGGAGUGAUGAAAGUUCUAUUGUGGUUACGGCUGGAAGGGAUGGAAAAGUGUGUCUUAUUGACCCAAGGACUGGUGGAAAGGUUGGAGAGGUUAAGAGUGCUGCACCAGUCGUGCAAUACGUGGAAAGUCACAGUGACGACGUUACAGAACUACAAUUUCAUCCAACUCAAGAAUCACUUCUGUUAUCUGGCUCUACGGACGGUCUGGUCAAUAUAUACAAUAUCACCAUAACAGACGAGGAAGAGGCCCUUCAUCAGACUAUCAACCAUGGUCACUCCAUACAUCACGCCAACUUUCUUAGCGAUACCAACAUCUUCGCUCUUUCACAUGAUGAAAAGUUCUCUAUGUAUGAACUAGUAACGAAUCCAGAAGAGGGGGUUGAAGAGCCAGCUCCUGUGGUAUAUGGUGAUAUGAGGGGGAAUCUGGGAGGCGAGUAUGUUGCGAAUGUUCUGUGCAGACCCGAUGGAGGAGCUGUAUUAGGAAUUGGGAGUCACAGUAAGAAUGAAUUUGAUCUUGUACGGUUGAAGAAGGGAAAGCCUUGGGUAUUUGCUCCUGAGACAAAGGUUACACUUUCUGGGGCUCAUGGAUCGGAGAUCGUUAGAUCGUUUUGCUUUCUUGAUUCGCACCGAGCUGUAUUGACUGCUGUUAUUUGGCAGUUUGUUUUCCAAAUAUGUUAUGCGCAGGCACAUGAGGAAGAGCUAGGGGCAUCUCUGACGGCGGAGGAGAGUCCAAAGCCAUCUUUUCAUGCUCAACCAUCUACAGCUCAAGAAUCGCAUCGAGCACCCAUAGUUAAAAAUACAGCCGUCGACAAAGCUAUACAUUCUCUCCAACGUUACGAACGAUCGCAUCCACGCCCUACCUCCAGCCCUUCCGGAAUUGUUAAAACAUUGACGCAAUAUGUUGUUGCAAGUCUUCCAAGAUUGGUCCAAGGACCACCCCCAGAUGGGAAGAUUCCAGUGCAUCACCAAGCUCCAGGCCCAGUCGCAGAAGCAGUGCAGCUCUUGGAGCAAGCAGCCCACGUCAAUAACUCCGAUGCGAUCUAUCUUCUAGCGCAAAUAAAUUUCUACGGAAACUACUCAUAUCCCAAGGACUAUAGCGAGGCAUUCAGAAGAUAUCAUCAAUUGGCAUCAUUGGACGGAAACAGCUCGGCACAGCACAUGAUUGGAUUUAUGUAUGCGACAGGAAUUGGAGGAGCGGUAGAGCAGGACCAGGCAAAGUCUUUGCUCUACCAUACAUUCGCCGCCGAAGGAGGAAGUACAAGAUCCGCGAUGACCCUUGCUUUCCGCCAUCAUAGUGGAAUUGGUGUGCCGAGAAGUUGCGAUUUGGCGAUUAAAUAUUACAAGGAAGUAGCGGAUAGAGCAGUUGAGUGGUAUCGAUCCGGUCCGCCAGGAGGUAUGGCAUAUGUUCAAGACUCGUAUCAGCUUGCAGAUGAGGAUGGUGGAAUCUAUGGUGAAGGAGCAAGUUUUAGUAGUGCUGGACAAAAUGCAAAGAGCGGAGGGCCAAGCUCAGAUGCUCAUGCAGCAUUAGAUGAUGUUCUCGAGUAUCUUGACUUGAUGUCUAGAAAAGGCGACUUUAAGGCAACAUUUAGCUUGGGGCGUAUUCAUUAUGAUGGUCAAAAAGGUCUUCCGCGAAAUUUGAAGAGUGCGAAAUGGUAUUUCACGAAAGUAGCCAAAUUAUAUUGGACGAGAAGUGGAAAAAUCAUCGAGAACGAUAAACCUCAACUAGACAAGAUUGCUGCCAAAUCCGCAGGCUAUCUAGGACGGAUGUACCUCAGGGGGGAGAGUGUGGACCAAAGCUAUGAAAAGGCUCAGACUUGGUUUGAACGGGGUAUCAAAAAUGGCGAUUCUGGUUCUCAGUAUGGAAUGGGGUUGAUGUACCUGCAUGGUCUUGGAGUACCAAAAAAUUCUGUAUUAGCACAACAAUACUUCAAAGCUUCUGCUGACCAAGACUAUGCGCCUGCGCAAGUUAGCCUAGGGGCUAUGUACUUGGAUCAAGGUACUGAUAACGACAUUAAGGUUGCCAAUCGAUAUUUUGAACUGGCAGCACGAUAUGGUAAUAUUGAGGCUUACUACUAUCUCGCCGACCUCAUAAACCAGGGAGUUGGACGAGAUCGAAGUUGUAACUUGGCAACUGCAUACUACAAGAACGUUGCAGAGAAGGCAGAACCACUUCUGACGUCCUUCGCCGAAGCAAACAAUGCCUAUGAGCAAGGCGAUUAUGAAUUGGCUUUAAUUGGUUAUAUGCACGCGGCAGAACAAGGAUACGAAAAAGCACAAUCAAACGUUGCAUAUAUAAUUGAUGAACAAAAGUCGAAAUUGACUAUACCUUACUGGCUGACUCUUGUAUCCACCCCAAGACCGAAAUUGUUACAAAAUUCGAAACUUGCGCUGCUCUAUUGGACCAGAGCUGCCAAGCAGGCCAAUGUAGACGCUUUAGUCAAAAUGGGUGAUUACUAUCUUUAUGGUAUCGGUACCCCAGUCGAUUUGGAGAAAGCUGCAGCUUGUUAUACAGCGGCAUCUGAGUUUCCUCAAAGUGCCCAAGCAUUAUACAAUUUAGGCUGGAUGCAUGAAAAUGGUGUUGGUCUUGACCAGGAUUUUCAUCUCGCGAAAAGAUAUUAUGAUCACGCUUUGGAGACAAACGAAGAGGCAUAUUUACCCGUGACCCUCAGUUUGUUAAAACUACGCAUCAGAAGUGCAUGGAAUUCGUUCACUCAUGGCAAGGUCAAUUCGAUUAUCGAUGAACCAACUCCUCGAAAGCAAUGGUCAUUAGCGGAAUGGAUUAGCAAUUUCCUUCAAGAUGAUCACCCAUACUACGCCGAUUAUGACGCUGACGAUGCUUAUGGUUCAGUACAUGACCCUAUGCCUGGUGGUGAUGCGGAUGGACUUUACGACGACAUCCUAGAUGAUGGAUUGGUAGAAAGUCUUAUUAUUAUUGGCUUAGCAGCCGCACUGGUGUUCUUGAUAGUAUAUAGACAGCAGAGACAGGAAGCGCAUCGAAUAGGUGAAGGAGCAGCGGCGAAUGCCCAACAAAAUGCACAACCGCUUAACGGAGAAGUUCCGAAUAGAGGACUUUUCCCUAGGCCAGGUGAUGCGAAUUUUAACGAUUGGGUGGCCGGUGGAGUAGGACAUUAA